UGUCACCCGUGUUGUAGUAACCACCAGUGCCCUACUUUUUCUCAGUCCCUGCCUGGCAGAUACACAGGAAGACAUGUUUUCCCGGCUUCGCAAGAAUUUUGGGAGAGUGAACAUCGAUUUUGGACAGACUGGAGUGAGGGAAUCUCACCUUUCAUCAAAAAUAAAUGAUAGACAACGAAAGCUGGCCUGGGGAAUGCUGAAGGAUGGGAGACUGACAUCAUCCCCUGGCCCUGUGGUAAUCAACAAGGAGGCCAACACAGAAGAGCAGAGACUGAUUAGACAGCUGCAGUCAGCUACUGAGGAGAGAAAUGAGCUAAGAGAUCUCCUGACUUACGUGACAGAGAGAUACAGGAACAACAGGGCCAGCCGCUACAUCAGGUCAAAUCCAUUUUAUGAAAAAUUGAAGAUAAAGGAGAGGGAGGUCAUGUCAUUACUGCACAACUUAGAGAUGAGGAACAUCGAGCAUUGUGAGAAAUUUCAGGAGCUCCAGAAGGAAAUUAACUUCUAUCGGAACCUGCCCAGCCGGAUCCAUAUGGACAAGAUAUGUAUGCAGAAGAAGUUGUUCCCAUUCAGAAAGGAGAGCAAAGCAGAACAGCUUGAUUCUGCACCGCUGCUACAGAAAUUUUUGUUUGAUUUGAACAAGAAAGAUAAAGACGAACAGGAGAAAACCAGCAACCUCCAGACCAAGCAACAUCUGGUAGGGACAAGCAGCUGUGUCAGCCUAAAAAUAUCUGAUUCCAUUUGCCAAUUUGAUACAUGUUUGCUUUCCCUACCACCUUAAUAAUGUACACUCCAACAAUACAACCACCUCAUGCAAUGGAAUGUUCAUUCCUCUGUCUGUGCACGAGUAUUCUGGGAAGACAACCACUUUUCAGGAACUGACUUAUUAACAACUAUGCUUUGGUGCUCUUUUGAAGCUGCAGUCUGGAAAUGGUGACAAUUGAAUAACCUAUCAUAUUACCGCAUGUCCCUGUGAUAGAAUGGAUGCUAUGUAGCACUUUGAACAAGUUUUGUUCCUGUGAUAAAUGAUAUUCUGUGGUCAUGUGACCUUCAAGUUGGGAAGCACCUUUCAGGGAUAAGAACCGAGUGCAAAUGGCAAAUUAUUCUUUGUCAUUGGCUUUCAUCUUGGUGACAGGUUGACUUCUCCUUUCAUCCUGCAACCCAAUGAGGUCUCUUCCCAUUGCCCUGUUCUUGGUUUGCACUGGUUAAAGUCUGAGGCCCAGAUGGGCAGCCCACAUUACUGUCAGGGUUGCUGUAGACUUUGCCCUGCCCACAGACACACCACCAAUGUUAUCAGUUAACACAUCAAUGGUGACCUAAAAUAGAGCUGAGUGGGUAGAAGGCAGCAACCUGACAGCUGGCAUGCAAGUCCCCAACACAUCAGUUUCUGAAUAACUGCCUUCCUCUCCCUGGUCUCAGAAAUUGCAAAAGAGCUGGAAUGGGACACACAGCAGGAGGAGAGCGUCCUGAAGAAUAGGUUGCUUUCUCAGGAUUCCCCUGCUGACCGCCAUCCUGAAUAAUAACAACCUUUUUUGGAUGAAUACUCUCCCUCAUAGUUGAAUUCAUAUUUUGCUAAGAAACACUAAAUUUAUCUUUCACUAAGCCAGUCUGACUGAUUGAUAUCUUAUUCUUUUUCUGUUUUGGAUAACACCACUUGAGAGACCACUUGGGGACUGCAUUGCCAUUUUGCCUGCUAGAGGAGAAACAGCAAUAUAACUGUGCUUCUAAAUGUUCACUAAGAAUAUGCUGUUUAAAAUAUUUUUGUUAUGAUCUUAAAUGAAGUUUUUGUUUUGUUAUUUCAUAGUUAUAUGUUCUUGUUAAUAUUUUUCACAUCUGAAAAUACUUUUAGAUAUUUAUAUUAAUAUUCAUUUUAAUCAUUUUUUGUUUUGUAUUGUAUUCCUUAUGAAUAAAACUUGAUUUUUAACUCUUGA